AUGAUUAAGAAGGAAGUGAGACUUCUAUUAUUAUCUGCUAAAAAGUUUAUUGACCAACUUCCUUAAUAAAAAUAGCAAAGAGCAUCUAUAAACCUAAUGAAAAUUGUAUAAGAACCUAAACCUGAGGAAUAAAUACUCAAAGAGAUACAAUAUUAGAUAAAUUUUCUGAAGUUAACUAAUCCAAAUAUUCAGUUCUAAUAGAUCACUUAGGAAGAGGAGGUCACUCCAGAAAAAAUCAUUUAGAAAUUUAAUGAGCAAUAGGAAUAAUAGUAAAAGAGUGAAGAAAUUGAUUUGAAGAAAGGUACUUAUAUUUAUUAAAAUGGGAAUUUGGUAUAAGGAUAAGCUGAAAAAAGAAAGGAAGUAGAUUAUUCUAAUUGGUAUGCAGCUAAUGUUGAUCCCGAUGAUUUGAAAAAGUAUGUCUAGCAUAUAUAUACUCUUAGACAUAAAGAACUAUUGGAUAGAUAACAUUUUAGUGGCCCUUUUUGGGAAGGGAAGCCAAUGCCAAAGUCUAUUUUAGAUGAGGAGAAUCCAAACACAUUAAUGUAUAGUGACGAGCGUCCAGAAAAAGAGUUGAAUCCAAAUUUGAAGCAGGAGAAGCCAGGGAAAUUCGAAAGAGUUAAAAGAUGAUU